AUAAGAUUAAUAAAUAGAAAUGCAAAAAAGAUCUCAUUGUCCCCAUGAGUAUUUGUGAAGCUCUUAGAGGAGCGUUAUUUUGGUAGGCACUAAGGCACCUCAUCAAAGGUUUCCAUGAUAAAAUAGCGAUGUAUUGCAUGAAGCCAUACAAUUAUUAUUAUUUUUUAAUUUUUAAUUAAAUUAAAUGUGAGAGAGGUGAGGUGUUAAAAAAGGAUGCAAAAACAUCCUCAGACCAGCCAAACGGUCAGUGAGAGGAAAUAGAUUUGACUUUAAUCAUAGAUUGGAAGAGGAAUCCAAGGGUAGAGGAAAAGGAAAAAAUGUGUAAAGAUGAAGAAGAUGAUGAAUAGUGUAGCCUCCAUUGUUUCCUCCACCUCCCCCUCCCUCUUCCUAGAAGAGGGGUAUAAAUAGGGAGAGUUAGGGUUAGGGUUUGAGCAUACAUACAAACUAAUGGGCCGGCCCAACAGACUGGGCCGCCCCGACCAAUAUUAUACAAAGAUCGGAUACCCUCUGUCCAGGGUAUCCAUCAUGAGUCCCCCACUUUCCGAGCCGAGAGGAACUCGAGGUGAAGUGGAAGUAGAGCAACAAUCCGCCAUAGAAGGACACCGUCUUCCUUGCUGUACAAAAUACAUCGCCAACUUGAUGUCCCGAGCAUGGUGAAGUAAGGCAAACAACGCCAUAUGUCAGAAACGUAAUGCCAAUUGGCUGUCCGGAAUGGCAAAAAGAAACACAUAAUCUGCUCAUUGUCUUGAAAGAUUCUGCUCUCGUACAAAGGGCAUCGUCGGUUUGCUGUUCAGAGUGCAAUAAUCACCAUAAGAGUGGAUGAAUAUGUCGUCAUCCUCUCACAAUCCCGUCAAUGUGUGACCCACUCCACGGGGGAUGCCUCAUUAAAAACUUGCCGAGGAAAAAACCCAUGAGGAUGGGAAAAAAAUAUCCUCGGUCAAGAAAAGAGUACAUCUCGUCCCAGAUCAAGAAAACAUUGCUAGGGGGUGAGGUCUUCUGUGUGAAUCUCAAAAAAGGUGAUCUUCAAGUCCCCCGGACUCGUUGUCCGGAGUCGAGGGCUCUCCUGAUGUGAGAUGUAACAAUCACGAGCCGAGCACCUGGAGUCCCCCACUCCCUAAGCCGAAGAAGAAUUCCGAGGCAAAGGGGAGUAGUGUUCAUGCUCGGCUCCGUUGGGAGUCUUUGGCCCCUUCACGAGAUGACCGAGGCCGAGGCCGAGCUCGAGUACCCCACGAGGUGGUCGAGGCUGAGCUUGAACGGAUGAGGCCGAGCUCGAGUGGAUGAGGCCGAGCUCGUGUUGAUGAGGUUGAGCUCGAGUUGAUGAGGCCGAGCUCGCGUUGAUGAGGCUGAGCUCGCAUGGAUGAGGCCGAGCUCAAGUGCCCCACGAGGUGGUCGAGGCCGAGCUCAAGUGCCUCACGCGGUGCCUAAGGCUGAGCCUAGCCUUCUCAUCCUUCAAACCUGUAAAUAAGUUCAAAAAGAACACAAGGCGCUCGCGGGCUCGGNGAGCUCGAGUUGAUGAGGCCGAGCUCGCGUUGAUGAGGCUGAGCUCGCAUGGAUGAGGCCGAGCUCAAGUGCCCCACGAGGUGGUCGAGGCCGAGCUCAAGUGCCUCACGCGGUGCCUAAGGCUGAGCCUAGCCUUCUCAUCCUUCAAACCUGCAAAAUAAGUUCAAAAAAGAACACAAGGCGCUCGCGGGCUCGGAUGAACCGAUCACCACGCGACCGAGAAAAGUAAGUCAAUGUACGAGUCAAGUCCAAAGUUUUGGACAAAAGAUAGGCUUUAUCAGCGAAGUGCGCCGAUCGUGUAGUAGUCUGGUCUAGAACAAACCUUGACGUCAUCCUUAGUGAGACCGGGGUCUUCAAAUGAGAGCUGCUCGGGUAAGUGAGAUAGGCACAAAGGAUGCACCCCUCGCCUUAGAUCCGAGAGCAAAUAGUUCACGUCGUGGAAGACGGAUAUAUAGGAGUGCGUCAAGAUGGACGGCUUACCUCGGCCUCGCGAAUAAUAUCGUCACGGACGAUUUGGAGUGCCUCGCGGGGAGGGCUUACCUCGGCCUCGUAGAAGAGGCAAUAAAAUUGCGUCGUGGGAGACGGAUGGGAGUGCGUCGCGGCGGACGUCUUACCUCGGCCUCGUUGAAGAGGAAAUGAGAUCGCGUCGUGGAAGACGGAUAGGAGUGCGUCGAGAUGGACGGCUUACCUCGGCCUCGCGAUAAUAUCGUCGCGGACGAUCUUCAACACCUCGUAGAGAGGUUUUACCCGACCUCGCUAAGGAAUGACUAAAUGAGUUGGAUCUGAGCCAUGCCCUGAGGCAGGUCGCUGGCCUGUGUGGGGUGUGAGAUUAAGCUUUGCGAUUGUUCCACAUCAGGGCUUAAAGUGUUGAACACAAAGUGUAAUACCAUCGUCCAAGUGAAGUCUGAUC